AUGUGCGUCUCCUGCCAUACCCAGCUCCCGCGGUCGUCGUACUCGUCGACUCAGUGGUCACGCCCUCCCGAGUACCGCGCCUGCCGACAGUGCGCCGCCGCAGCGGCCUACGGCGCCCUCCCCAUCCGCCAACAGGCCGACGUCCUCCUGGCCAAGGUCCAUGCACUGCACUCGGCACUCAAAAUUACAAAGUCGGCGCAUGCACUGGGCAAUUUGCUCAAAAAUGCCAUUCGCGCCACAGACAACUCCGCAGACGGUGCCACUGCUCCGCUCUCGGAUGACAUGGUCAAGAGCAUCGUCCUCCUCUCCUGCGGCCACUUUGCUUGGGAGCCGCAGCUGCUUGCCAUGGCCGGCCACUGCGUCCAUGGCUGCCUCUCAUCGUCGGUCGCCACCGCUCCCGCCGCAUCGUCGUCGUCAACCACAUCGUCGUCGCCGGGCUCCUCGGCCCUGGCUCGCCUCUCGGCAGCGGCUUCAAGCCUCGACUCGCCGCAUCCGGUCUACCUCCUCGGCAGAGGGCAGAACCACCAAGGCGAUGCACUGGCUGCCGCGCUGGACGUCGCGCUCGCCAUCGAGGGUGUCGACGAGCUGUUGGCCAAACUCGCCGCUCUGCACAUUCCGCCGUCGGCUGCCAUCCUGGUGAGCCACUUUGAGCACGGUUCGGCGACCAAGGCCGCCCGCGUUGAGCUCGAGUCGUACAUCUCCGCCGGCAUGGUCGAUACCGUGGCCGAGCUCGCCCCGUACGGCGUCAAGGUCGUCUUCCUCCGCUGCAAGGCAUGGCUGCUGGGCGAGGUCAUCCGCGACAUCGAUAACUGCGGCGACACCGACGACCAGCUCGGCGACGGUGCAGACCUUGCCGUCCUCUCUGCUCAGUACCACGCUGCCGCAGACGCCGUCGCCGAAUCGCCCGUCGCCGCAUCGCUCUUUGCCUCGGAGCGGACCGACUUUGUCGCCGUCGUCUUCUCCUACACCAACCUUGCCGCCGCCCCGCCGCCGGCCACCGCCGACGACCUCGUCGUCCACCUCCCGCGUGACGCCACUCUCGCCCAGCUCUGGAGCAUUAUGAUAGGCAAGUACAUUGUCGACGCAGGCAUUUCGCUUCCCUGCCCCGUCAUCCACGACGUCGCCGGCCGCCCCAACACCCGCGCCGUAAUUGUCACCAACGUCGACGGCUCGCAGGCCAAGGUUGACGUCGCCCUCGACACCCUCUCCAUCGACCGCGUCCGCCGCUCCAUGGACGCCGCUGACACUCUCCGCCAUCCCAUCAACGCCCUCCACUUUGCUAUCGCCCCGCUCUGCAAGCACCAUCCGCUCAUGGUUGUUCUCCGCCCGCUCCUCGCCUGA